GAGUCUCACUUCCAGUGGCUGAGACUCGUCCCCAGGAACGGCAGUCGUUAUGGGCCUGAUGGACCCCCCUACAUCAAAGUGUUAAAGAGCUCAAACAUUCCCACAGACAUGGAGUUUCUCACCAUCACCAAUGUCACAGAGGAAGACGCUGGGGAGUAUCUCUGUAAAGUCUCCAAUCAUCAAGGGGAAGCCGUCCAGUCAGCCUGGCUGAAAGUCAUCCCAGAUCCAUCAAACAAAUGCCAAAUUUCUAAGCCCUUGGAGUCCCCAGUGCACCCAGGCGAGGUGCUGAAAGUCAGGUGUCCACUGCCGGUGACGGGAACCAUCACUUGGACCAAAGAUGGCGACUCUCUGGGCACCAACAACCGCACGCUGGUAGAACAGGAGGUGCUGCAGAUCCGUGAUGUCAAGCCCAAGGACUCGGGCUUGUACGCCUGCACCAGCGAGGGCAAAGAAACCGUCUGCUUCAUAGUCAACAUCACAGGCGCGCCAUACUGGACUUCAUCAGCGAAGAUGGAGAAGAAGUUGCAUGCAGUGCCAGCUGCCAACACAGUGAAGUUCCGCUGUGCUGCAGGAGGAGACCCCCAGCCAAUGCUGCGUUGGCUGAAAAACGGCAGGCCUUUCCGCCAAGAGGACCGCAUGGGAGGAUAUAAAGUGCGCCUCCAGCACUGGACCCUGAUCAUGGAGAGCGUGGUUCCAUCGGACAAGGGAAACUACACCUGCUUGGUGGAGAACCGAUUUGGAUCCAUCAACCACACCUACACUCUGGAUGUAGUGGAACGGUCACCACACAGGCCUAUCCUCCAGGCUGGACAGCCUGCCAACACCACGGUACACGUCGGCGAGGACGCCCAAUUCCAGUGUAAGGUCUACAGCGACGCCCAGCCUCACAUCCAGUGGCUGAAACACGUCAGCGUAAACGGCAGUCGGUACAGGCCUGACGGAAACCCCUACGUCAAAGUGCUAAAGCGCUCAGGCAUUAACAGCACAGACAUGGAGUCUCUCAUCCUCAUCAAUGUCACAGAGGAAGAUGCUGGGGAAUAUAUCUGUAAAGUCUCCAAUUAUAUAGGGGAAGUCACCCAGUCGUGCUGGCUGACUGUCAUUCCAGCCCCAGAGAAAUCUCCAGGACCCAUCACCUCGUACUACUUGGAGAUCGGAAUAUAUUGCGCAGGCAUGUUCCUCAUUGCCUGCAUGGUGGGCAUUGUGGUGGUUUGCCGCAUGAGGAACACAGCAAAGAAGCCUGACUUUGGCAGCCCACCGGCGGUCCACAAGCUGACCAAACAGAUCCCUCUGCGCCGCCAGGUAACAGUGUCGGCAGAUUCAAGCUCAUCCAUGAACUCAAACACCCCUCUGGUGCGAAUCACAACGCGGCGGAGCUCUGCGCCCGACGAGCCAAUCCCCGAGUACGACCUUCCACAGGAUCCACUGUGGGAAUUUGCCAGAGACAGGUUGACCCUUGGCAAACCUCUGGGUGAAGGCUGCUUCGGUCAGGUUGUGAUGGCCGAAGCUCUGGGCAUCGAUAAGGACAAACCCAAGGAUGCGGUCACUGUUGCAGUGAAGAUGCUGAAAGACGAUGCCACAGAAAAGGACCUUUCUGACCUGGUGUCAGAGAUGGAAAUGAUGAAGAUGAUCGGCAAACACAAGAACAUCAUCAACCUCUUGGGAGCCUGCACACAAGACGGUCCCCUAUAUGUGAUAGUAGAGUAUGCCUCCAAAGGCAACCUCAGAGAGUACCUCAGAGCCCGCCGUCCUCCCGGCAUGGAGUACUCCUACGACAUCGCCCGUGUCUCCGAUGAACUGCUCACCUUCAAAGAUCUCGUCUCCUGCACUUAUCAGGUGGCACGGGGCAUGGAGUACCUCGCAUCUCAAAAGUGUAUACACAGAGACCUGGCAGCCAGGAACGUCCUGGUCACAGAGAGUAACGUCAUGAAGAUCGCUGACUUCGGCCUGGCCAGGGACGUCCACAACAUCGACUACUAUAAAAAGACGACCAAUGGUCGUCUCCCGGUUAAAUGGAUGGCUCCAGAGGCGCUCUUUGACCGGGUCUACACACACCAGAGUGAUGUCUGGUCAUUUGGGGUGCUGAUGUGGGAGAUCUUCACCCUAGGGGGCUCACCCUACCCCGGCAUUCCCGUAGAAGAACUCUUCAAGCUGCUCAAAGAGGGACAUCGCAUGGACAAGCCUGGAAACUGCACCAAUGAGCUGUACAUGAUGAUGAAGGACUGCUGGCACGCCAUCCCAUCGCAGAGACCGACCUUCAAGCAGCUAGUGGAGGACCUGGAUCGAAUCCUCACCCUGAACACGAAUGAGGAAUAUCUGGACCUGUGUGCUCCUACGGAGCAGUAUUCCCCCAGCUUCCCUGACACUCGCAGCUCCUGCUCCUCCGGCGACGACUCCGUGUUCUCCCACGACCCCUUGCCGGAUGAGCCCUGCCUCCCCAAGUACCAGCACAUCAACGGGAACGCCAAGAGAUGAGCCUCUGCCGGCUCGGACCCUGAGCCGACUCUUGGCCUGCCCCAACCUCACAGUCGCUGAACACACGUAGCACAGACACCUUCUCUGAAACGGACCCGAUCGGGGACUAGCACUGCCACACACCAACUCAGAACACUUGAGGUCUUAACGGAGGGGACGGAGCGCGUUACGGAAGCUCCUUCGUACUGACUGGACGAGCUGACAUUCCCUGAGGCCUCCUCUUCCUCUCUCGUGUAAACACGCAGCUUUUUCUCAUCUUUCGGUUCUCAUCUUCCUACCCAGAAGCUCCACAGCGCUGCUUGCUUGGUGAUCAAGUAGCAGUGGCUGGCAUUCCAAGACUUGUUUACUCCUGGAGGAAUGUAUGGACUGGUACGAACUAAAAAAGAAACAAAGGAAAAAGAAAACAUGAAACUAGAAGACGAAUAGGAAAAGGGACUCGCAUAUGGAGCACCGACUAACAAAACAGGAAUACAAGGAGAGCAGAUAUAAAAACUUUUCUUGUUAAUUUUGUAAUAUUGGUGCAUCAUUUUUUUUUCCAGUUCUCUAGAUAAACAUCCCUGAUUAUUCUGGAGAAGGAAUCCACAAUGUAAUGAAAAGUGCUGGCUAUAUUUGUAAAUAUAUUCAAAUAUGUAUAAAAAUAUAUUAUAUAUUUACUAUGAAUUAUUUUUUGUAUGGACUUGGAAACAACCCCCACCUCCACACCCUGCUCCCAUUUAUGAGGCAGGUUAUGCUGACAGAUGUCCUAUAUUUCUCCUCACACACCCUCUGUCAAACACACACACACUUUCUCAGUAACACAGUUAAGUAUUGGCUUUCAGGGACUGCGCUAGUAUGUUAAUUUAUUGAGUUACAUAUUUUAAAAAAAAUGAAUCAAAAAAGUACAAAAAAAAAAAAACAGCAACAAGAUGGUGGAAAUUAUUACAUUAAUGCUGAUGAUAUGGAAUAAUACCGUUAAAUUUAUGGUAAUUUAAAAAUAAUCCUUCAACAGUUAACAGAAAGGUUCUAUUUUUAGAAGUUUGGAGAGAUCCGGCUUUUGUAAGUUUUAUACAUGAAUGUGAAUAUUAAGUUAAAAAUUUUUAAAAACUGUACAUUUUAUAGUCAUCUAAUCCUUUUCGUAUUUAGAUAUUGAUGCCAUUUCUAUCCUCUUUUUUUUUGUUUUGUUUGCCGCGGUUUGAGAUAUGAAAUUCUUUGGAUAUUUAUAUAUAAGUAAAAGACAUAGUAAUUUGAAAAUGUCUAUGUGCAAUCUGCUUCCUCAUUUGAAACAAAGAUAAAACUCAAAAUUCCCAGGACAAAAUUAAAAUAUGAAAAGCAAAGUAUUAAAACAAGUGUUUUCUGUUUUUAUUUUCUACUGGACCAACAUUAAGAUGCUGUUUUGCAGGCAUUCGUGCUGCAUUUGCAAAGAAUAAAUGUUGAAAAUAUACCUA